AUGCCUUUCCGUUUCCAGGACUGUACGUAUGGCACGGAGAUCAUAGCCAAGUGGAAGAGCCUUUUGGAAAAUGAUCAGCUGUUAUCGCACAGUGGGCAGGACCUGUCAACAGAUGCUUUUCACAGACUGAUGUGGGAAAUCUGGAUGCCAUAUGUCAGGAACAUAGUGGUGCAGUGGCAACCAAGGAACUGCGGAUCGAUGGUGGAUUUCUUGGAUAGCUGGGUAAAUGUUGUUCCUGUCUGGAUCCUGGAUAACAUUCUGGAUCAGCUCAUCUUCCCCAAGCUACAGAAGGAGGUUGAAAGCUGGAAUCCUUUGACUGACACAGUGCCAAUCCAUUCGUGGAUCCACCCCUGGCUUCCCCUGAUGCAGGCACGGUUAGAGCCGCUCUACUCUCCCAUCCGAAACAAGCUGGCGAACGCGCUGCAGAAGUGGCAUCCCAGUGACUCCUCCGCCAAACUCAUCCUUCAGCCCUGGAAAGAUGUGUUCACACCUGGGUCGUGGGAGGCUUUCAUGGUCAAAAACAUCGUGCCUAAACUAGGGUUGUGUUUGAACGAACUCGUCAUAAACCCACACCAGCAGCACAUGGAUGCCUUCUACUGGGUGAUUGACUGGGAGGGGAUGAUUUCUGUCUCCAGUCUUGUGGGGCUGCUGGAGAAACACUUCUUCCCAAAGUGGCUGCAGGUGCUGUGCUCUUGGCUUAGUAACAGCCCCAAUUAUGAAGAGAUUACAAAGUGGUACCUGGGUUGGAAGUCCAUGUUCUCAGAUCAAGUGUUAGCACAUCCAUCGAUCAAAGACAAAUUUAACGAAGCAUUGGAUAUCAUGAACCGGGCUGUCUCUUCCAGCGUUGGUAGGUGGCUUAUGGCGACGGCUCCGCUUACCCUGAUGGCAACGCAUGGCUCUC